AUGGUCCUGGUCAUGAAACUUCUGUUCCUCACUUGCCUGUGGCUGACAGCUGUGCUACACAGUUCUCAAAGUCAGCAUCACCAUCUUCAUCAGCAGCAACAAUUCUCAUUUUUAAGAAAGCAUAACAGCAAACGAGAAAUUAAAAUGAGGAAACUUGACAGCACCAAAGUACGGCCACUUAAGUCUGAGCAGCUUCUCUGCAUAGAGGACCAUGACUUUGCACUGAGACCUGGAUUUGGAGGGUCACCAAUACCCGUGGGCAUUGACGUGCAGGUAGAAAGCAUUGACAGCAUAUCUGAAGUUGACAUGGACUUCACAAUGACUUUAUAUCUCAGACAUUACUGGAAGGAUGAGAGACUUUCAUUUCCUAGUACCAAAAACAAAAGCAUGACUUUUGAUGGAAGACUGAUAAAAAAGAUCUGGGUACCUGAUGUUUUUUUUGUACACUCCAAAAGAGCUUUCAUCCAUGAUACAACUAUGGAAAAUGUCAUGCUCCGAGUAUAUCCUGAUGGCAAUGUACUCUUCAGUCUACGAAUAACAGUUUCUGCUAUGUGUUUCAUGGAUUUCAGUAGGUUUCCUCUGGACACGCAGAACUGUUCUUUAGAACUGGAAAGCUAUGCGUACAAUGAAGAUGAUCUGAUGUUAUACUGGAAACAUGGAAAUGAGUCCCUGAGCACAGAUGAACACAUCUCCCUGUCCCAGUUUUUCAUUGAAGAAUUCAGUGCUUCCAGUGGACUAGCUUUUUACAGCAGUACUGGUUGGUACAACCGACUUUUUAUAAAUUUUGCCCUCCGGAGGCAUAUUUUCUUUUUUGUGCUACAGUCCUAUUUCCCAGCUAUGCUGAUGGUGAUGCUGUCUUGGGUUUCAUUUUGGAUUGACAGAAGAGCUGUUCCUGCCAGGGUAUCAUUAGGUAUAACUACGGUGCUGACAAUGUCAACCAUCAUUACUGGAUUAAGUGCCUCAAUGCCUCAAGUGUCUUACAUAAAGGCUGUGGAUGUAUAUUUAUGGAUCAGCUUCCUUUUUGUCUUCCUGUCUGUCAUCGAAUAUGCAGCAGUGAACUAUCUCACCACAAUUGAAGAGAGAAAGCAACUCAAGAAAAGGGGCAAGGCUUCAGGCAUGUAUAGUAUUGACGCAGUGCAAGCAAUGGCUUUCGACGGCUGCUAUCAUGACACGGAUGCAGACAUGGACUUGACUGCUUUCUCAGUCCGCUCUGAAGAGAAUGCGACUCGGGCACGUGCAGCCAGCAUCCCCAACCUGGCUGCAACUCGCAUAAAGAGGAAGAGAUCUCUGAAAGGAAACGUGGGCAGGAUUAUUUUACAGAACAAUCAUGUCAUUGACACAUAUUCCAGGAUUAUAUUUCCCAGUGUAUACAUUGUGUUCAACUUUUUUUACUGGGGUUUGUAUAUAUGA